CUCCCCGCGUUGCCCGCCCGUGGCUGUUCCGCUUCCUCCCCCCGUUCCGCCGCCCCGCCCGGCGCUGCCGCAUCCGGGUCCUGGCGCCGCUGUCACUAUGGUCAUGGCGGAGGGGACGGCAGUGCUGAGGCGGAACAGGCCGGGCACCAAGGCCCAGGAUUUCUACAAUUGGCCUGAUGAAUCCUUUGAAGAAAUGGAUAGCACAUUAGCUGUUCAGCAGUAUAUUCAGCAAAACAUAAGGGCAGACUGUUCCAACAUUGAUAAGAUCCUUGAACCUCCUGAAGGCCAGGAUGAAGGUGUAUGGAAGUAUGAACAUUUAAGGCAAUUCUGCCUUGAGCUCAAUGGACUAGCUGUCAAGCUGCAGAGUGAAUGUCACCCAGACACAUGUACUCAGAUGACAGCAACUGAACAAUGGAUUUUUCUGUGUGCAGCUCAUAAAACUCCCAAAGAGUGUCCUGCUAUAGACUACACCAGACACACACUUGAUGGAGCUGCAUGUCUCCUGAAUAGCAAUAAAUAUUUCCCCAGCAGGGUUAGCAUAAAGGAAUCCUCUGUAGCCAAAUUAGGAUCGGUGUGCCGAAGGAUUUACAGAAUAUUUUCACAUGCUUAUUUUCAUCACCGGCAGAUAUUUGAUGAGUAUGAAAAUGAAACGUUCUUGUGUCACCGGUUCACUAAGUUUGUGAUGAAGUAUAACCUGAUGUCCAAGGAUAACCUGAUUGUACCCAUUUUGGAAGAAGAAGUGCAAAACUCAGUGUCAGGGGAGAGUGAGGCAUGAUGGGAAUGGCAGUACAGAGCCUGUACUGAAUAUAAAGCAAACAUUAAUUAUGUACUGUAUAUAUCAUUUUAGACACUUCAAUCACGUAUCCUCAUAGCUUUGUUUAGUAUACUUUUUGUAUGCUGUGUGCAUUGCCUUUUAAUAUGGGAAAUACUUUAAGUUAUUCAUGAGCUGUAUAUUCAUCAAUGUGGCACUCAUGGUUUUUAAAUAAAAGUAGUAGUAUCUGUUUAUAAUGCCUGUUAAUAAAAGAAUUUACGGUUCUCUAAAACUGCUGCUAAACAAUCAUUGAAUCACAAUCCUGAAGAUGUGUCUGACUGGGUGGGAAUAAAGUAAGAUUAAGAUUUCACAGCAAGCCAUUUUUUAAUGCAGUAGCUAUAUUAAGUCUUAGUUCAAAGAUUAUUACCUUAAAUAUAUAAUUCUGCAGGAAGCUUCUUGCAAUGUAGCUUAUUCCUAAUUUAGCUUCUAUUUUUUUAAAAUGGCUUUGAAGAUUUACUUUUUGGAUGUGCAUAUUCCUGUAUGUGUAUAUCCAAAUAUUAAUAGGAUCUAUAGUACUAGUAAUACCAAAAGGACAAUUUCACUAUGCUAUUGAACAUAUAUAUUCCUGAUAUACGUCUAACAUACUCUAUGGACUUGUUUUGUUAGCAGCAGAGGUUUGUGUGCAGCAGGGGACAGGUUCCGUCCUGCUAAGGCAGACUUCUGCUGAUCUGCAGUCCACAACUUCUCUACAGUGUAACCGUGGCAGAGAAGUCAAUGGCUUGUAUCUGUGUGUAUUUAUGGCAACUGCUUACAGAUUAUACCUCAUCAAUACUCGUGUUACACUACAUACCACACUAGAUCAGUCUUUGCUUGUACUCCUAGUAUAAACCUGCUAAGUAUUUUAAAUACUAAGCCUGAUUCUUUGCAAAAGUUAAUUAUUUCUUUCCAACAUACAGUUGUUUUUCUUCAUUCACCACAAUUAUAUUCUUUGACAGAAAGAUUUGGAUUCAUGUUUCUGUUCCCUAUCAUCAGGUGUUUCUUUCAAGUUGUGUUUGCAGAUUUGCAAUAACUGACAAUUUCCAUGAGUGCUGCUUAAUUGUGUUAUGUCUAGAAUGAUAGAAUUAAAUGUUUGAGAUGCAUACAGCAGACAUACUGCUAAGCCUACAGGAACACAGGGUCUAAAAGCACUAGCAGUGUUCUUAUAUAAAUUUUACUUAGCUGUUUAAGAAGUUAGCUGGUUGUUUCUCUCUAAGGUUGCCAAGGGCCCUCAUUUUAUUUCUAUAAGCAGGUCAGAAUGGGCUAACACAGCUGGUUUUGGUAAUUACACUUUGUUUUCUGCAUUAUACUUACCUGAAAAGAAGGGAAUCCACCUAUUUUUAAUACGUCAUUUUUCAUAAUACUACUAAACAUGCCUUAAAUUCUGUUUUUCUUUCUAUGAAUCAAGCACACCUCAAGCAACUGUACCACCUGGAUGUAAAGGGAAUUUAAACAAUGAGAAAAUGGAGAGACUAAACUUAAGUACUUCAACAGCUCUUUUUGUCUCAUGGUUAUCACUGUAUUUAAUUGUCAGCAGGGUAAUUGCAUGAGAUGUUGUCUGAGUGAAAGUAGCUUUAGUUACUGUCUAUACAUGUAGCUGUAACUUGCCUUGUAUGGACCAGGUUACUCGAUUGUGAUAGCUACGGUGCAGUUGGUGCUGCAGGUAGGAGAACUGUGUUCUAGAUGGAGUAUGCUGUAUUUAGCUUGGUUACAGUCCACUGCAGGACCAUCCUGGGUGGUUCUGCAGUGCAGACACUCUGCAUGCUGCUGUUGGCCAUGGUGACUGAGAUGGGCAAACCCAUGUCACUGGUGUUGCUAAUGACAUUUCCUCUGCAAAACUGAAGAGAAUGAUGGGGUGCUCAGGACUGCAUUAAAGUUUAAAACCUCUUUUUGUCCUCUUAUGCUUUAAAGGGUUUCACUUCAAAACAAAACUUGGAAGUUUUGGUCCCAUUUAUUCUCACUGGGAUUUGCACUGUAAAGUUAACUUGCUCUACUAAUCUGAUUUUAUAUAAGGCCUAAGUGAAACACUGCUUUGUAUUUUCCCUUGCUGUUGUUUACAUGAGUACUGUGUACACACAUGUGCCUGAUGGUACCAUAGAACUUCAGUUAGCCUAAGCAAACCAUUGAUUUGUCUAAUAAAUAUUAACAGACUUAAUUUAGACUCUACAUAAUAGGGGAACUGAGACUGUCUUUGAAUUAUAUUGUAAAAAAAAAGGAUAAAAUUAAACUGUUUCUUUAUCCA